AUGAAGUCUCGUAGCUUAUACGGCGUGCUCUUUCUCGCGCUGUUCGCCUCCGCGACUGUGCACUAUGCCGAUGCGGCGGCGAAGGAUUACUACAGGGUGCUGGAGGUGGAUAGAUCAGCCUCGGCGAAGGAUCUGAAGGCUGCGUACAGAAAGCUGAGCCUUCAGUGGCAUCCGGACAAGAACUCGGAUCCCGACGCCCAGAGCAAGUUCAUCGAGAUAUCGGAGGCGUACUCGGUGCUGAGCGACCCCGCGAAACGCAGGUCGUACGACACGUUCGCCAGGUCUGGCGGAGGCGGCGACGAGUGGUCCUCCGGGACGUUCACAGCCGAGGACGCGGCGGCCAUGUUCGAGUCGUUCCUGGAAGAACUCGAGGGAUUUAUGCAGGACGCAGACAAGCUGGACGACCUGAUCCACCAAAUCUUGGGCGGGGAGAGGGACCCGAAGAAGCAGGGAUGGAUGGAGUGGGCGGGCAAGUCCCUGCUAAAAAAGGUUGGGAAGCGCGUGGUCCCGUGGGUGAUGGAGCAGGCGGAGGCUGGGAACCUCAAGGUGAAUAUCGACGGAAUCUCGCACGACAACAUCUUCGAGCGGAGGACGAAGAAAAACAGGCCAGAGUUCGUGGACGGGAAAAGGCGGAUGCCAAAACAGUACCGGAGGCCGGAAGCGGAGCUGUAG